CGUGGAGUCACUUCCGGUCGGGCUGUGCUUGCUCGCGUGAGCCGAGCCGGCGGGUGAACUGCGGCCACUGCAGCUGUGCGGCGGGAGCCGGGGAGCGGUGAGAACGAUCUGUUUACCAUGGACCUGCGGCAGUUUCUUAUGUGCCUGUCCCUGUGCACAGCCUUUGCCUUGAGCAAGCCCACAGAAAAGAAGGACCGGGUACACCAUGAGCCUCAGCUCAGCGACAAGGUUCACAAUGACGCUCAGAGUUUUGAUUAUGACCAUGAUGCCUUCCUGGGUGCUGAAGAAGCAAAGACUUUUGACCAGCUGACACCAGAAGAGAGCAAAGAGAGGCUUGGAAAGAUUGUAAGUAAAAUAGAUGGCGACAAGGACGGGUUUGUCACUGUGGAUGAGCUCAAAGACUGGAUUAAAUUUGCACAAAAGCGCUGGAUUUACGAGGAUGUAGAGCGGCAGUGGAAGGGGCAUGACCUCAAUGAGGACGGCCUCGUUUCCUGGGAGGAGUAUAAAAAUGCCACCUACGGCUACGUUUUAGAUGAUCCAGACCCUGAUGAUGGAUUUAAUUACAAACAGAUGAUGGUUAGAGAUGAACGGAGGUUUAAAAUGGCAGACAAGGAUGGAGACCUCAUUGCCACGAAGGAGGAAUUCACAGCCUUCCUGCACCCUGAGGAGUAUGACUACAUGAAAGAUAUCGUAGUACAGGAAACAAUGGAGGAUAUAGAUAAGAACGCUGAUGGUUUUAUUGAUCUGGAAGAGUAUAUUGGUGACAUGUACAGCCACGAUGGAAAUGCUGAUGAGCCCGAAUGGGUAAAGACAGAGCGAGAGCAGUUUGUGGAGUUUCGGGAUAAGAACAGAGAUGGGAAGAUGGACAAGGAAGAGACCAAAGAUUGGAUCCUCCCGUCAGACUAUGAUCAUGCAGAGGCAGAAGCCAGGCACCUGGUCUAUGAAUCAGACCAGAACAAGGACGGCAAGCUUACCAAGGAGGAGAUUGUUGACAAGUAUGAUUUAUUUGUGGGCAGCCAGGCCACAGAUUUCGGCGAGGCCUUAGUACGACAUGACGAGUUCUGAGCCGCAGACAGGAGCCGCCUCGCUUCAGAAAUAAUUUAUUUUUACAGCUUCUGGUUUCACAUGAGAUUGUUUUCGCUACUGAGACUGUUAUCACAGACUUUGAACGUGACAAGGCAUAACAAAAACCAUCCCGUCCCCAUUCCUCCUCCUCCCCAGGGACUGGAGGGGAACCGUGCUUCUGAUGAACAACUCUAAUUACUACACUUGUGUUUGUAGAUUUACACUUUGUAUUGUGUAUAACAUGUGGUGUUUAUUUUUGUAUUUGUUCUCUGGUUGGGAGGAUGAUAUAUGAAGGACCAAGGUCCUCACCUCACACUUGUAGGCAAACGUUAGUCCUUCACUCUUUCUCAACCCCUUAUGAUUUUUAUAAUUCGUAACUAAUUUUUAAGCCUGAGAUCAAUAAGAAAUGUUCAGGGGAGAGAAGAGGAAAAAUACACCUCACAGUUUCUAUUUAGAGAGCUAACACCUACCCUUGCCCGUCCGAGAGUGUAACAUUUCACAAGUCGUUGGGGGCCACAUGUUCUUUUCAUUUGCCACGGAUCCAGCAGCUGAUCCUGGCAUUAUCUGGGCAAAGAAUGAUCCCUGUGAUGUAAGAAACCUUGGCUCAAAGUGAUUGAGUUCCUUUUUUAUUCUUUUUCCCCUGUAGAACUAGCCGUCUGCUAAUUUUGUCAAGCACAGCUGUGGUGGGAAGCAUUAGGGCCAGUGUCUUGAAGAUCAAUCAAGUAGUGAAUGUGAUCUCUUUAUAGAGCCAUAGAUAGAAACAGCUGGAAAACUAAAGGAAAAAUGCAAGUGGUUUCCGGGCAUACAUUUUUUCUCUGGGUGUGCAUCUUUUGAAAUGCUUGAAGUUGUCUUGCCCAUGGCGAUCACUGUAAGCAGCCCAGCCUGGCUCCUCUUUGCCCAGGUGUUCAGUUGAACCGAGGAAUCUGUCUUGUUUUCACUGCAGUUAAAAUCUACUUCUCCCCAAUCAUGUCAUUGAAAGUGCCUUUAACUGACAAGAGAAAUGAUCACCAAAUGGGAUUCUCUUAAGAAACCCUGAGAUAAAAUAAGGAGAUUAUUUGGGUCACUUCAUAUGAAAGCUUAGAACCUCCCAAUAGGAUGGGGAUUUUUUUUUUUUUUUUCCCUUUUGUGUUUUGGACAGUGGUUAAAUAGCAGUAUUAGUUAAGAGCUCGGGUGCAGUGUUCUCACCUUAUGGGCUGGUUUCUAAAAACCACGUGCUGCUGAAUUUACCAGGGAUCCUCAUACCUCAGAAUGCAAACCACUUACUACCAGGCCUCUUACUGUGCUCUCUGGGAAGCUGGAGCUCAGGCUCGAAGAUGAGGGGACCCGCAGAGAGGGCUCUUUGGUUCGAGGACCAUUGCUCACCCUGCCUGCCUGCCUUUGAAUCAUCUCCGUUCUCCCAUCUUCCCCUCUGGUCCCCCCGUGUUGUUAUAGAUUGAAGGUUGCCAGUCCUUAUCACCAAGAAGGAUGUUGUAGAAAGAGCUGAAGGGACCACCCUUGUUUCCAACUCCACUUAUAUUUUAUAGAACAUGAGCUCAGCCUUCUUUGGUCCCUUUCUUACAUAUGGACCUCUUGAAAAAAGUUAUUGUAUUCCAAGUUUUUAGCCCUCAGGUUACUAAGACAAGCAUAUGUAUAUAUAAAACCUUUAUUAUUUCAUAUAUCUUUCUGGAUAAUACAGUCAGGUGGUGCUGGGUGAUUAUUAUAAUCUGAACCUAGGUACAUCCUUUGGUCUUCCAUGGUCAUGUUGAGGUGGGCUGCUUGGUAUGGUGAAAAGCCAAGUAUGUAACUUCACCACAGCCUUUGAAUUGAGCUCUUGAUAGUGGGUAUACCCUUUUUAGAAAAAAAAAAUAAUAAAGCUUAACCCCAGUAUAGGGAAAUGGAAGUUCUGUGCCCUCCAGAUUCCCCUUUUUAUUGUUAAGAAGACCAGAGAUGAUAGGUCCAUGCCCCCAACCCAGACUUAGUUUGAGAGGGCACAUCGUGAGCUACAUGGCGAGAGAGCCCACAGGUCACUAGGUGCGUAGAAGCCAGGCCUAUGUUAAAGUGACCCACUUAGAAAGCAGACCUUACUCUGCCAAGACAGCAACUUUGGAUGCUGGGAGCUCAGCAGCAACAUUUAAUCUCUCAUGAUUCCCCUGGAUUAUAUUUUUGGUUUAAAUCAAGCCUGAGGCUGGUGAACAGUAGCUACACACCCACAUUGUGUGUUCUAUGAAUGCUAGCUCUCUUGGAUUUGGAUAUUGGUUACUUUUUAUAGAGUGUAAACCAAGUUUUAUAUUCUAUAAUGCAAACAGGUACCUAUCUGUUUCUGAAUAAAACUGUUUACAUUCA